UGGCGCCGGCGAGAAAGUUUAGAGAGACAGAGAAAAAGUUUGAAGAAGCUUUCACGCAGACAUGAAAAUUAGCACGCAAACAAAACCACCAAUACUCAGAAAAUGGUUCCUUCUCUCUCUCCUCCUGUCUGUCCCUUUCUUUCUCCUCCUCAUCUCUCUCCAACCCAAACGCCAACACCGGACCACCACCGACCCAGCACCGGAAAAGCCGAGUUACGGAUCCGGAGACCUGAAAAUCCGACCCGGAUACGCUUCAUACGAGUCCUACAUACAGCGCCAGCUGAAGAAGACGCUCAACCCAAAACUCAGAGAAGUAUGGACAACCCGUGACUGGGAUCGGAAAAUCCAAGUGUUUGCACUAUUCUUCGAAGAUUUGAAGCGAAAGCGGCUUCUCUUGAACGAGUCGAAAGCGCUCUGUAUUGGUGCUCGAGUCGGUCAAGAGGUGGAGGCCCUGAGGCGUAUCGGCGUGUCCGACUCGGUGGGGAUCGACUUGGUGCCGAGUCCUCCGCUGGUGAUCAGAGGAGACUUUCACAACCAGCCCUUCGACAACGAGACCUUCGACUUCGAGUUUUCCAACGUGUUCGAUCACGCGCUCUACCCGCACAGGUUCGUUGCAGAGAUUGAACGGACUUUGAAGCCCGGCGGGGUAUGCGUGUUACACGUGGCGUUGUCUAGACGGUCGGAUAAGUACUCAGCUAAUGAUUUGUACAGUGUCAAACCGUUGGUGGAGAUGUUCAAGGGCUACGAGGUUGUCCAUAUUCGGAAGGUUGAUGGAUUCGGAUUGGACACCGAGGUUGCGUUCAGGAAAAACAUACCGAUCCAACGGUCCUGA